GGGUGAAUGGUUUGAGUGUAAAUAGGAUAGAUUAUUAGAUUUUGAAGUGGAUUAAUAGGGAUUAACAGAUUAUUGAAGUAGUUGUAAGAAGAAAGGACCAAAAUGAAAGUAACAGCCAUUUUGGUGGCUCUGGCCCUGAUGGCUCAGUUAGCUAUGGGCUAUAAUCCUUUAUUAUCAUCUACCAAUUGUUGUAGAUGUAGUGAUUUACAUCCUGAUAAUGCACCUUUAACCUCGGAACCUCAACGUGUACCCUCACCCUUUCAUAUUGUAGUCAAUAAACGUAUUUAUAAUCCAGGAGAGGAAGUACAGUUGAAUUUAACAGCCGAAGCUGGCUAUGAAUUUAAAGCAUUUAUGGUGAUUGCUUAUCGUGUUGAUAAAAGAUUAAAUACUAAAGAAGCUAUUGGAAUGUUUACUCUUUUGGGAUCACUUGAAGUCUUGGAAGAUUGUUUAAGUCCCUAUGGUAAAGCUUUACGUACAGUAAGAAGACAAGAUAUACAAUCACCUGUCAAACUAGUAUGGACGUCUACUGAUUACCUGGGACAUAUUGAAUUCAGAGCAUCAUUUAUUGUGGAUAAUGUGAAAUAUUGGGUUCGUGAAAAAUCUGUUAUCAUCCGUGAUCCUAGAGCACCACCAAUUCCAAGUAACGAACCAAUGUUUGAAAAGAUGAUAGAUCCUAUCAAUACAGCUGAAUGUGGUAAAUCAAAGGGUUGCUACAGAGUACCAGAAGGAUGUUGGGAACCAUAUUGUAGAUAUAUAGUUACUUGGAAAGACUUGGGAAAAGUUGUAUUGUUUGAGAUGGGUGCUUAUACUGAAGGUUUAGAUGAUAAAUACAUUGCUAUUGGUUUCUCAAAUGAUACCUACAUGGGAGAUGACUCUGUUAUGGAAUGUGUACAUAAUUCUCAGACUGGUAGAACUGAAGUAUUUAUGUCCUAUAAUUAUGGUUCACCUAAUAAGAAUGUUCGGUUACCUGACCCUAAAAUUGGUAUUGUAAAAGAAGAGGGAUCAAAUAAUAAUUAUGAAUUAAAACGGAUUAGAUGUAGAGUGUGGAGACAGAAAUACCCAGUUGGUGAUUGGAGAGUCAAUCAUUUACAGGGAAAUUCUUGGUAUUUGAUGAUUGCUUCUGGUACUGCCUCUAAAGGUAAUCUAUUGAGACAUGGAGUAGGAGCCUAUGAAUUACCCUGGGUAUCACCAUCUAAAGUAGAUCUGAGAAUCAAUAGUAAUAUUAAUGGUAGAUCUAGUUAUCCUUUAGUAAAAGCUCAUGCAUGCCUGAUGUUUUUGGCCUGGGUAUUCUUUGCUUCCAUUGCUUUGAUUAUGACUAAAUAUUUCAAGACAAUGUGGCCUAAUAGAAGAUUUUAUGAACAACGCUACUGGUUUGUGACUCAUUUUAACUUCAUGGCUAUGUGUUUCUUGUUGACAUUUAUAGGAUUUAUUUUGAUCUUUGUUGAAGCUGGUGGCUAUAGUGAGUUCCCUGAGUUACCUGCCAAGGCUCAUCCUAUACUUGGUAUUAUUAUGUUUGUCUGUAUUCUUAUCAAUCCAAUCCUAGCGUUAUUGAGACCUGAUGAAGAUAGUAGAUGUCGUCCGGUAUUUAACUGGUUUCACUGGGCUUUUGGUACUAUUGCUACUGUUUUAUCUAUUCCUCAGAUAUUUAUUGGUAUGGAGUUUGGUAAGGCUAUGGUACCAUGGUGGGCUACCUGGAUUGUUGUUAUUUGGGCUAUAGCUCAUAUUGUUAUUGAAUUGACAUUAGAAGUACACCAAUGUUGUACCCACAAGAAGAACAAAGAGAGAAGAAAGAAGUAUGAAUUUCAAAAAAGAGAAAAUCCAAAACUUUACAUCCCAGAACCAGAGCCAGUUGGUCGAAGAUUCAAGAAAUUUAUGUUAUUCUUACACGUAGUUAUUACAACCAUUGUCACUAUCAUUAUGAUAAUAGUCUUUGCUGUAGCAUAA